AUAACAACUUGAUAUCAAGGAAAACUACGUAGAGAGGGAACAGAGAAAUCGGAUCGUCUUUUCCGUAUUUCUAUAGAGAAGUAAACUGUUCGACUUUUAGAGAGAGAAAUUAUUUACACUCAAUUUUAGCUUAAUCUGGAAUUUUCUCCAAUAAUCUGGGGUUAUAUUAGCGAGUUAAGGAAUCGAUAUCGAUUUCUGUGGAAAAUUAUUGAUUUUUCAUAGUUAUCGAGUGGAAUUAGAUGGGUAAAGGUGGAGAAGAUUAUGGAAAAGUAGAGAAUUCUAAGAGUAAAUCUGCUAAAAAUGGUGAUACAUUCGCGCCAUGGUCCAAAGAUGUGAAGGAGUGUGAGGAGAAGUAUGGAGUGAAUCGUGAUUUUGGAUUAUCGAGUGAGGAGUAUGAAAAGAGAUUGCAGGUUUAUGGAUUGAAUGAAUUAGAACAACAUGAAGGGCCGUCUAUAUGGAAAUUGGUUUUGGAUCAGUUUAAUGAUACGUUAGUAAGGAUUUUGUUAUGUGCUGCAGUUGUUUCAUUUGCUCUUGCGUGGAUGGAUGGGGAUGAAGGUGGUGAGAUGGGGAUUACUGCGUUUGUCGAACCGUUGGUAAUCUUUUUGAUCUUGAUUGUGAAUGCUAUUGUUGGGGUGUGGCAAGAGAAUAAUGCGGAGAAAGCGUUAGAGGCAUUGAAGGAGAUUCAAUCGGAAACUGCCUCUGUUAUUAGGAAUGGGAAGAAGGUUCCUAGUUUGCCUGCUAAGGAAUUAGUGCCGGGUGAUAUAGUUGAGCUUAGAGUUGGUGAUAAGGUGCCUGCUGAUAUGAGAGUUUUGAGUUUGAUCAGCUCGACAUUGAGGGUGGAGCAAGGUUCGUUAACAGGGGAGAGUGAAGCGGUUAGUAAGACUGUGAAGCCUGUUGCUGAGGAUUCGGAUAUCCAGGGGAAGAAAUGUAUGGUUUUUGCUGGUACUACUGUUGUUAAUGGAAACUGUAUUUGUUUGGUUACACAUACAGGGAUGAAUACUGAGAUUGGGAAGGUGCAUUCGCAAAUUCAAGAGGCUUCUGAAAAUGAAGAGGAUACUCCAUUGAAGAAAAAGUUGAAUGAAUUUGGUGAAUCUUUGACCUUGAUAAUAGGUGUUAUUUGUGCUUUGGUUUGGAUUAUUAAUGUUAAGUAUUUCCUUACAUGGGAAUAUGUUGAAGGGUGGCCAACAAAUUUCAAUUUCUCAUUCGAGAAGUGUACUUAUUACUUUGAGAUUGCUGUUGCAUUGGCUGUUGCUGCUAUUCCCGAGGGAUUGCCAGCAGUUAUAACAACGUGCUUAGCUCUUGGUACACGAAAGAUGGCUCAAAAAAAUGCUUUAGUCAGAAAAUUGCCCAGUGUGGAGACUCUAGGGUGUACUACUGUUAUCUGUUCGGACAAAACUGGUACCUUGACCACGAAUCAAAUGGCUGUUGCUAAGCUUGUAGCCAUGGGGCCAAGGGCACAAAGUACACGAACUUUCAAUGUGGAGGGGACUACCUAUAAUCCUGCUGAUGGUCGCAUUCAUGAUUGGCCUGCUGAUAACAUGGAUCAAAAUCUUCAAAUGAUUGCAAAAGUUGCAGCUCUUUGCAAUGAUUCUGGGAUCGAACAAUCAGGCCAUCAAUUUGUUGCUAGUGGUAUGCCAACCGAGGCUGCUUUGAAGGUUAUGGUUGAGAAAAUGGGACUGCCAAAUGGGUCAAAGAGCAUUUCUUCGAGUUCUGAUGAUUUGCUGUGCUGUUGUAGGACAUGGGCUACUUCGGAACGUCGUAUUGCCACUCUUGAGUUUGAUCGUGAUCGGAAGUCCAUGGGUGUGAUUGUCUCUUCAGUAUCUGGGAAGAAUUCGUUGCUGGUGAAGGGUGCUGUUGAAAACUUACUUGAAAGAAGUUCCUUUAUACAGUUGCUUGAUGGUUCUAUUGUAGAGCUUGAUCAAGUUACAAAGAACUCUAUUCUGCUUAGUCUUCAUGAAAUGUCUGCCAGUGCUUUGCGAUGUCUAGGAUUCGCAUACAAAGAAGACCUUGGAGAUUUUGCUGAUUAUGAUGGAGAAGAGCAUCGUGCUCAUGAACUUCUACUUAAUCCAUCUAACUACUCUAAUAUUGAGAGUGAUCUGAUCUUUGUUGGCUUUGCUGGUAUUCGAGACCCUCCUCGUAAGGAGGUGCGGCAAGCAAUUGAGGACUGCCGAGCUGCUGGCAUUAGAGUCAUGGUUAUAACAGGAGAUAACAAGAAUACAGCAGAAGCUAUCUGUCACGAGAUAGGAGUUUUUGAGACAGAUGAAGACAUGAGUUCAAAAAGUUUAACAGGAAGAGAGUUCAUGGAGCUCAUUGAUAAGAAGAGCCAUCUGAGGAAGACUGGAGGUCUUCUUUUCUCCAGGGCUGAACCUAGACAUAAGCAAGAAAUAGUGAGGUUGCUGAAAGAGGAUGGUGAAGUGGUUGCGAUGACAGGUGAUGGAGUCAAUGAUGCACCAGCUUUGAAAUUGGCAGAUAUUGGCAUAGCGAUGGGCAUUGCUGGAACUGAGGUAGCAAAAGAAGCCUCUGAUAUGGUGCUGGCAGAUGAUAAUUUUAGCACAAUAGUUGCUGCUGUCUCCGAAGGUCGAUCAAUCUACAACAACAUGAAAGCCUUUAUCAGGUAUAUGAUCUCGUCAAAUAUUGGCGAGGUUGCAUCGAUUUUCCUCACCGCCGCUUUGGGUAUUCCAGAAGGCCUUAUUCCUGUUCAGCUUUUGUGGGUCAAUCUUGUUACUGAUGGUCCCCCAGCAACAGCUCUGGGCUUUAAUCCACCUGACAAGGAUAUAAUGAAGAAACCUCCCAGAAAGAGUGACGAUUCUUUGAUCAAUGCCUGGAUUCUAUUCCGAUACUUGGUGAUUGGUCUUUACGUUGGCUUGGCAACUGUUGGAAUUUUCAUCAUUUGGUAUACACACAGCUCAUUUUUGGGUGUUGACCUUAGCCAGGAUGGGCAUACUCUUGUGAGCUAUUCCCAGCUUGCAAAUUGGGGUAAGUGCCGUUCAUGGGAUAAUUUCAGUGUUUCACCUUUUACUGCUGGAGCCCAGACAUUCAACUUUGAUGCCGAUCCCUGUGAUUACUUCCAAACUGGGAAAAUAAAGGCAAUGACCCUUUCUCUCUCUGUGUUGGUUGCCAUCGAGAUGUUCAAUUCCCUUAAUGCUCUUUCUGAAGAUGGAAGCCUUUUGUCGAUGCCACCAUGGGUUAACACCUGGUUGCUUCUGGCCAUGUCCGUCUCUUUUGGCUUACACUUCGUGAUUCUCUAUGUGCCCUUCCUUGCCAAAAUAUUUGGCAUUGUCCCUCUUAGCUUGAAUGAAUGGCUACUCGUGCUGCUAGUUGCUUUGCCAGUCAUUUUAAUCGAUGAAGUCCUAAAGUUCAGUGGACGAUGCACUUCUGGAACCCGUAAAUCACAACCCCGAAGAACGUUGAAAAGCAAGCCAGAGUGAGAAAGUUGUCGCAGUUAUCUGCAGGUUUUGGUGGUUCAGCUUUGGAUUGGAAACAAAUUAGGAAGAUCAAACUUCCCCCAAAGCGCUUGCAGUUUUGACACUUGGGUCCGCUUACAAACUGAACUUUUAGAUGGAAGUAUUACAUAAUGUAAAACUAUCUGUAGGAGAUUUUGCAGAGGGGAAGGAACAUUUAUUUUUUUAUCUUUGCUCAAUCAAAUACUAAGAUGCCAAUGGUCGACUUAUUUUUUAUUGUUUAACCAUUACAAAAUGUAAGCUAUGUGGUUAAACAAACAAUGAAUUUAGUACAUUCUUAGCAGCAGUAGUACUUUUGUUCACCAA